AAUUGAUUUAUAUUUGACAUACGAUAAAAAGGCGGUUUCGUCAUUUAUGCCUUGUGUUCAUCUGCAACUUUGAAGCGAAAGCCCUAUUCAGCCAAACACAAUCGCCUCUCACAAGAUAGUAAAAAUCAUCUGCUUUUGAGACGGAGAAACCGACACACACCCAUAGAGAGAGGAAGAGAGAGCUAUGGAGUUCCGAGGGCAGCAGAAGCUAGAUGAUGAUGUUUACGGCGGCGACGUGCCCGAACAAGCCUACAUGGAAUCCGAUUCUGACCUAGUUACCGACGCUGAAGCCGCCGCCGCCGUUUCCAAAUCAGAGGAGCUGGAGACUAUGAGAAAACGAUUGCAGGAGAUUGAGGAAGAAGCUGGGGCGCUUCGCCAAAUGCAAGAAAAAGUGGAGAAAGAGAUGGGCGCAACUCAAGAUUCAACGAUCGCAUCUGCUACAGAGGCUGAAAAGGAGGAAGUUGAUUCUCGUUCCAUUUAUGUUGGUAAUGUUGACUAUUCAUGCACACCUGAGGAGGUACAACAACAUUUUCAGUCAUGUGGGACUGUCAAUAGGGUAACUAUUUUGACAGAUAAGUUUGGGCAGCCCAAAGGUUUUGCAUACGUAGAAUUUGUGGAAGUCGAGGCUGUUCAAAAUGCUCUACUGCUCAAUGAAACAGAGUUGAAUGGUCGUCAACUGAAGGUGUCUGCCAAACGAACUAAUAUUCCCGGAAUGAAGCAAUACCGAGGGAGACACCCAAGUCCAUAUUUUGGAAGGCCUUAUAUGCCUGCGCCUUAUGCCUACCCUCCUUAUACCUACGGGAGGGUUCCGAGGUAUAGGCGUCCGAUGUAUUACAGGCCAUAUUGAUGUAAUUGCCCGAGCUCAAAGUGGUUUUCCUGAAGCUUUUCAGGCAUGCCGAUUUAUAGGCCAAUUUUACUUGCUCAUCACAUUCAAAUUCGAAGGCAUGCUGAUUUAUAGGCCAAUUUUAGUUUUGCCAUUUAAACUUGUUGUAUCUUCAGUUUGGAAUGUUGUGCCCGUAGUUGCUGCAUUCAAUUACAACCCCUCAUACAGGACAUAGAAGAAGCAAGAAAUCAAAUUGCUAAGAUGAUUACGUACCUUGUUUUUAGGUGCAGCUGGGUUGGAUAUCAUAUUGCCAUACAUUUGUUAGAGAAAAAUUCUUAUUAAAUCGAGAAGAAUAUUUCAUUUUGCAA